AUGGCCAUGCUUCCUCGUGCCGCCAGGCCCGCCCUUGCCGGCCUCACCUCGGCUGCUCCCGUCGCCGUGGCCGCCCGCGCCGGCUUCCACUCUUCCACCAGCCAGGCCGCCCCGCUCCGCGAGACUGAGCAGCGUAUCAAGUCGGUCAAGAACAUCGAGAAGAUCACCAAGUCGAUGAAGAUGAUCGCCUCCACCAAGCUCAACAAGGCUCAGCGUGCCAUGCAGGCCGCCAAGGUGUACGGCGCCGCCAACAACGAGAUCUUCAAGAACUCCGAGGCCGUCGCCCCCGAGGGUGGACGCCAGCUCUUCAUCGUCGUCUCGUCCGACAAGGGUCUCUGCGGUGGUAUCCACUCGUCGGUCACCAAGCGCACCAAGGCCGAGUUCCUCAAGAUCGGCCAGUCGGCCGGCGACGCCUCGUCGUCCGAGGGACCCGCCGUGGUUGUGCUCGGCGAGAAGUCCAAGGCCCAGCUCGCCCGUGCCCUCCCCAAGAACCUGGCGCUCUCGUUCAACCAGGUUGGCAAGGACGUCCCCACCUUUGCCGACGCCAGCGCCAUCGCCGACCAGAUCAUCAGGAGCGGCGUCAAGUUUGACAAGGUCAACCUGAUCUACAACAAGUACGUCUCGGCCCUCUCGUUUGAGUCGGACGUGAUGGAGGUCUUCAGCGAGGACGCUCUCCGCAACGCGCCCCAGUUCAAGCUCUACGAGCAGGAGGACGACGUCACCAAGGACCUUGCCGAGUUCUCGUUUGCCAACGCCAUCUACGCCGCCCUCGUCGAGGGACACGCGUCGGAGAUCAACAGCAAGCGCAACGCCAUGGACAACGCCUCGAAGAACGCCGGAGACAUGAUCUCGUCGCUCAACAUGAUCUACAACCGUGGACGACAGGCUGCCAUUACCAACGACCUGGUCGACAUCAUCACCGGCGCCUCGGCUCUCUGA